AUGCCUUCACACGCGCGAGGUACGCUGGUCGAGGAGCUACGAGUACGGCUCUGCCGGUGCCACUGCGAAGACCGAGUUGUUUCGACCGAGACCUGGACGCUCCUGUUCGUGGAGGAGCCCGACCGCUACUUCGGCAAUGUGUGCGAACUGGACACCAUCUUCAACCCCCACAAGGCGUAUUACAUUCAGAACGAGCUGUUCACCGCCUACUCCCGGCAGGAGUGUAGCAAGGAGGCGAUCUUGCGCAUCUGCGCCCACCUAAGCUACUCGACUCCACAGCGAAUGUCCAAGCGCGAUGCCGAAGGCACGACGGUGGAAACAAGCGGCAGGGAGGACGCCAAGAGCACGACAGGGACAGCGGGGUGUGGCAAGACUCCAAGAACGACAGAUACAACGGCGGCUUGA